AUGACCAUAACAACUAUCUUCCUCUCCUUCCUUGACAAAGAACAACAAACAGUCCUCCUGAAACUAAAGCAACAUUGGCAAAACCCACCAUCUCUAAGCCACUGGCAAAAUCCACCAUCUCUAAGCCACUUAAACUCCUCCCACCAUUGUAACUGGCCAGAGAUCACCUGCACCAACGGCUUAGUCACCCAACUACUUCUUCAAAACAAGAACAUCAACCAAACAGUCCCACCCUUCAUCUGUGACCUCAAGAACCUCACAGUCAUUGACCUUUCAUACAACUUCAUUUCUCAAGAGUUUCCUAAAGCUCUCUACAACUGUUCCAAGCUUGAAGAGCUCGACCUCUCGCAAAAUUACUUCAACGGCACAAUCCCCAUUGACAUUCACCGCUUGUCUCACCUGCGCCGCCUCAACCUUGGAGCCAACAACUUCUAUGGUAACAUUCCAGCAUCUAUUGGACAGUUAACAGAGCUAAGGACGCUUCAGCUUUUCCAGUGUGCGUUUAAUGGUUCUUUCCCGCCAGAUAUAGGCAACUUGUUUAAACUUGAGUCACUGCAGUUGGCAUAUAAUGUAAACAUGACAGCAGCAGAGUUGCCUUCGAGUUUCACGGAGUUGAAGAAGCUUAAGUUUUUAUGGGUUACUGCGUCUAAUUUGAAUGGGGAAAUCCCAGACACGAUUGGAGAAAUGGAGGCUUUGGUGCAUUUGGAUUUGGCAAUAAACAAUCUGACUGGGAAAAUUCCGAGCAGUUUGUUUAUGCCAAAGAAUUUAAGUAUUGUGUUUCUUUAUAGAAACCAAUUGUCUGGGGAGAUUCCUCGGGUUGUUGAAGCAUUAAACAUUGAUUUUAUUGACCUCUUCGAUAAUAAAUUGACUGGAAGCAUACCUGAUGAUUUUGGCAGACUCAGAAACAUGAAAGAUAUAAGUUUGUUUUCAAUCAGUUAUCUGGAAAAAUCUCAGACAAUAUUGGCUGUCUUCCAAGUCUGA